GUUAUCCCCUCUUUGCUUUCCUACACAUAAAAAAAAAUAGAGAGCUCUUCAUAUAUUUGCUGUCUUUGUUUUCAUCAUAAUUACCUUUCGGGACGUUUUUAUUUUCAUAUGAUAAUGCAACUUGAGCAAAGCAAUUUAGCUGAGGAGCAGCCAGAAGACUUUUUUGAUAUGUCAAUGAAGAAAAAGAAGAAGAAGAAGAAGAAGGGAACUUUUGAAUCUGGGGAAGAAGGAAAUAUAUCUUUAGAAAAUGAGCACCAGUUGCCCGUCGAGUCCGGGGAAAGUAAGGAAACACAAGGCUCUGACUUAGCUUCUUGUAAAAACAAGGAGAUUUCCUCGACAGACUUUGACAGUUUACUUCUGAUAGGCAAAAAAAAAAAAAAAAAAGCGGUUAGCAAGCUAACCUUUGAUGAUGAGCAAAGUAAAGACAUACCUACAUAUGGUGCUGUUUUUGAUAAUAAAGAAGGCAAGCGUACUUCUGAAGACUCCUCGGAUCCCUGGCUGGAUUCUGAUCGGGACUACACUUACGUUGAGUUGUUGAAUCGCGCAAAAGAGUUGCUCCGUUUACGUAACCCUGAUAUGGAUCCAGGAAAAUCUAAACCCGUGGUGUGCCCGGCCCCUGAAGUAACCCGCAUUUCCACUAAACGGACGAGUUUUGUCAAUUUUUAUCGCGUGUGCAAGGCGCUGCAUCGGCAACCAGAGCAUCUACACGCGUUUCUCACUAGCGAACUCGGCUCUCCAGCCUCUAUGGAGCAAACAUUGAUCAUUAAGGGUCGCUUCAACCAAAAACAAAUCGAAAAUGUCAUGCGGCGCUACAUUAAAGAAUACGUCACGUGUCACUCCUGUCGGUCGCCCAAUACCAUCUUAACAAAAGAGGACCGCAUAUAUAACUUGUCCUGCGAAACCUGCCAGGCCACGUGCUCAGUGGCUGCUAUUCACAAAACAGCGUUGGUUACUAAGAAAUAG